UUUUUGGAUGUGUUUAACGAUACAGAUCAUUAAUGGGGAAAGGUCCCAUAGUAUCCCUGAGAUAUAUUUAUGGCAGACGAAAUCCAAUUAUUUUCUCGCUUGAGAAUUGAUUUUACCACUGGUAUCAUCAAUAUAAAUGUUGGAAUCGCACUUUUGCCAAAUUCAACCGAAUUCAUCAUACUAUACAUUUCCAUUCCAUCUGCAGUAAUCAUAACAUCGUCCGCUGAUAGCGGCCCAGAUUUCUCACGUUCAUCAUCAAUUACCUCCUUAAAAUUACCGAACUGUACAAUUAUUACUCAUUUGAAUGAUAAACUAUUUGACUACUUAAAUAUCAAUAAAACUGCUUUAUUCUUAAAUCAGUAAUUAAUCAACAAUGGCCAAUCAAUAUUAUUAGUAAUAAACAGUAUACUUUCUACCCAUCAAUACACUAUUGUAAGUUCCAUGCAUUCUGUCACUGAAAUAAAUAAUUCUGCCGAGAUCCACACUUAUUUGUCAACAUUGAAAUCGACAUCCACCGUCUCCUCCUCGUCAUUAUCAUCCCCUUCGGAGACAAAUUUAAAUAACAGUGAUUUGCAUAAAUUUUGCUUAGAUGAAAGUUAUCCACCAUCAUCUCAAAUUUUCAAUCCAAUCUUAAAUAACACACUAUCGUUAUCUGUUACUAGUCGUAACAGUUACGUAAAUAAAAUCUCAUCAUCUCAGUGUAAUAAUGGCAACUCAGAAUGUUUAAUCCAUCAUGAUCAUAACCCACAACUACAUCAAAAUUAUGCAGGAUUUAUCGAAGACCAUUAUGGAUUUUUUUGUAUCUGUCGUAAUUGCGAAAUAAAUCAUUUGAUAGACCCAAUCAAUACUUCAUUUGUUAUUAAUGAUGAGAAAACAUUAUCACAAUCAAUAGUUUCCUCAACAUUAUCAUCAAUUGGACUAGCCUACUUACCAGUCUCAUCACAAUUGAAUAGUAAUAAUAUUAACGAUGAUGAACAACGGGGAGCUAUAGAACAAACAAAAACUUUUUUAAAACGUUUUCAAAACUUCAUUACACAUUCAGUAAGAAGAAAAUCGAAUCGAUUAUUAAAAAAUUAUGAUGAGAAUAUCGGUACUUGUGAUGAUCAUAAUAGUUUUUAUACCAUAGAAGGUUCUAUUGUAAGUAAAUCUCAUUUAAUAAGUUAUCAUAAAAAACGUAGUAAAUCAUUACGUACUAUAUCGAAUUGUGUACAGUCGAUUACAUCACCAUCGAAACGCUCAUUAAAUAAUGAUAAUAAUAAUAAUAAUAAUAGUGGUAUACAACAAAAACAUGAUAGAAUAAAAAUGCCGCAUUAUUUGCAUGAUGAUAUACACUCUGAUAAACAUUUUACACAUUCUAAUACAAAAAAGUCGACAUGCCACCAUUUUGUGUUAGUGAGUAGAGCAGUGGAGAAGUUUAUUUCGAAUUUGAAUCAAGCAUUGAAUUGUUUAGUUGAUAAUAGGAAUACUACUACUAAUACAUUUGUUAAUAGUAAUUGUAACCCAUCACAUCAUUUGUAUGGACCAUUUAAGCAAUUACUGAUGGAAUUAGCCAUUGUUUUGCAAUGUAAACAAUUUAACAGAGAUUUUGUUAAAUGUGAAGGUCAUUGUAAACUCUUCCAGCUUGUUGAAUGCAUUGAUAAACUGGAUAAAAAGUUUCAUGAUGAAAUUUGGUCAUAUCUCUUGUCCUGUCUAAUUGAAUUAUCCAAUUAUGCUAUAACUAAUCGAUUUGCUACUAGUAAUAAUGCUCCGAGUAAUGAUAAUAUAAAGUUAUAUCCUCAUGAAAUUUGUUUUACACAUGAAAAUAAUGAUUCUAAAAAAUAUUUAUCUGAAGAAAUGUUAAUUCAACAAGAUGAAAAUAUUAACCAAAUCCAGUACUCAUCAACAAUUCUACCAAUGAAAAAUGUUUAUGGAAUAGAACAAUUUUUCAGUUGGCAAUUAGUAUCAGAUGAAUUUUUAUCUGUGAUAAUUGAACAUUGUAGGAAAGAAACUAAUUUAGAGUGUCUGCUGAAUGAAAUGAAGUUAUUAUUAAAAAUAAUUACAGACUAUCCUGUACAUAUUCAAUAUGUUACUAAACAAACGGAACAAGGAUUUAUAUUGGAUUUAUUAAAAAUAAUUCAAUUAAACAUGGUUGGUUAUAAAUCUACUGUGAAUUAUAAUUCAAUCCGUUUGGUAACAUUACGAUGUGAAAUACAAAAUCAUAUUAUGAAAUUUUUAUAUGUUAUAUUUUAUUAUGGAAAACAACAAGGUCAUUUGAUAGGCUUAAUACAUCAGUUUUUCGAAAAUAUACAAUUUACUGAAUGGAUUCCAGAAUUACGCGAUCGUUCACUUUGGGAAUUUAUAAUCAAUUCAUAUUAUCGAAAGAAAUGUCAUUUUGAUUAUUCAAUGAUGGAAACAUUUAGCUCAUGUUUCCCAUCAUCUGAUGAAAAUUCUGAAAAUACUGUGGUGUUAAAUUUUUUGAAAGAUUUUUCAAAUUUUCUUGAAAAUGAUGCCUUAUGUAAAGUAGAAUGCUUCCAGAGUAAUAAUGACAAUAAUAAUAUGAAUAUUUACAGACCCAGUAUUGAUAAUGUUGAACAAGAACCACAUCAACGUAUAUUAUCACACCGAUUGAGUAAUAAUAACAGUACUACUAAUAUUACUAGUAAUGAUCAUAAUAAACAAUCCAGUAUACAACUACUAAUUUCAGUAUGUCGAGUACAACAACUAAUUAAUAGUUUAUUAUUUACCAGAAUGAAAACGCCAUUGCCUCGUACAUCCGAAGAAACCGUUGAAAAAAUGAAACAACUAUGUUCAGCAGUGUAUUUUGAUGAUUUCACAAUUAAUCCAACUGAGCAAUGUAUUGAAGAAGCGUGUAUUAAACUAGGUUUCAAGAUACCGACUGAUCCGUAUGCUGACUUUGAAAAACCACCAGGUACACUUGGAUUUCAAUGUAUUUAUAAUUAUAUAAUGAAAAAUAGAAAUAAAGUUAUUGAUAUGCUUAAUUAUGCUUAUCCAUGUCAAAAACAUUCCUAUCUAACCAAUAACACCACUAAUAAUCAUUGUAAAUUGUAUCAUUUAUCAGAACUCAAUAUAUUAUCUUCUUUGAAUAUGAAUAAUAAUAAUAAUGAUAGUAUUAGUGUGAAUGAAAUUAGUAGUAAGUUGUCACAACAACGUGUUCAACGUCAUUUUUCCACUGUUGAUUCGAAUUCUAUUCAAAAUAUAUUACAUACUACUCAUUUACAUGAUGAUAGUAUACAAAAUCAACGUAAUAAUUUUAUUGGACGACGAUUUACACUGGAUUCAUUAAUAGCAUCAUCUAAUUUAUCACAAUCAUUUAAACCAAUGAACGAGUAUUAUAGUCACAAUAGUUUUUUAUGUAAUUAUUCCAUUUCAUCAUCUUCUUCGACAAUUUCAUCAUUAAUUGAUAAGAAGCCAUUAUUUCCAAUUAUUGAAGCUGCUAAUGCUGUGACAAGUAUGCUAUGUGAAUUGCUUACAACUAAUGAUACAAUUCAUGAACCAAAUAUUAUUGUAGAACAAGAUGACAAGGAUUUUUAUCUUUCAUCGCCGUUAUAUCCAAUUUUACUUAAUAAAUCAAAUAAUAAUACUAAUCAUUAUCAAAGUAACUUAUCAUCAUUUGAAGAUAUAUUCGAUUGUGUUUUUUCAAAAUUUUUCUCUUCAUGGACUCAAAUGAAAGCUGUUCCAGAAGAUUUAAUUGCAAUUUUAUGCGUGGUACGAGAGCAGAUAAAUCGUAUUUUGAAAACUAUUCCUAUUUCACUUGAAGAAUUUGAAAAUUCUCUGAUAAAAUUUAAUCCAUAUGAUGUACCGUCUAUGUGGUCGAAACGGGAAAAUCGUCUACGUGUAGAUAUGUUACAUAAUCACCCAGCACUAAUAGAAUUACGUAACGAUGUAAGGAAACGUCAUCAAGGACAUGUAUAUGAGAAUCGUUUAAAUAUUUUGUCAAAUUCAGCACCUUUAGAAUAUAUUCCAUCAAAAGGAUCGAAGUUAUGUAGUAAAGACAAUCAAUCAUUCACUGUACUCUUGUCACCUGAUCGCAAGUCGCUUCUUAUAAGAGACACAAACCAGAUCAUAAGAGAAAUAUGGCAACUAAACUGCAUUAGUCGAGUAUCUUUGGGUAUAACUGAGAAAGUGAAGAAAAAUCCGGAACGUACAUUACUCUUUCAAGUGGAAUUAUCCGAUAUUCCAAAUCAAGAUGAUCCUAAUGAAUCGACAAGUAAUAAAUCACGUUGUUUUCGAGUUAUUUUAUUAGCCAGAUCAAUAAUUGAAUAUAAUUAUUGGUUAGAUGGAUUAUUUUUAUUAAAUAAAUUAACUAAUCCAAGUGAUUACUACAAUGAAGAUGUGGAACGUUUAACUGAACUAGAUAUGUGUAUACGUCUUUCAAGUUUAGAUUUAAAUCAGUUGCCAAAAAGAGAAAUCUCCAUACCUUCAGAUCCACCACCACCUUUGGACUUUAUUUAAUCUUAUUAUCCUCUUUUUUUUUCUUUCAAUAUUCUUUGUGUAAUUAUCCACCUUGAUUUCAAAUAAUUUUGAAUUGAUAGAUUAUACUGUUCAUUUAUUUCAUUGUUUGAACGUUUAAUAAAUGGAGGUACAUGUAAAUUGAUUACUUAUCCAAUUAUUAAUAGCUGUGUACUAAAUUUAUCUUACUUUAUUUUCAGUUUAUUUUAAGUAGAAACAAGUUGGAUUAUCUAAUUAUAAUUUCUUAAUUAUGUAUAGUGGGGGUUUAAUUGUUCAAGUUUUAAUUCAUAUUGUUUGUUUAAGUUUUCUGGAGACUUGAAAAGAAUCUUUCUGUCUAUUUACUUUAUUAUAAUUCUUUAAAGUUAUUACUAACAGUAUUUUAAUCGAUAUUAUUUCUGAUAUUCACAUACGUUUUGCUUACAAAUCAUCAGUAAUCUUAAAGUAGAUUACUGAAAUCUUGUAAUUUUCAAUAAUAUGGUAAUCAUCAUCAUCAACGUCACCCUGUUUGUACUCUGCAUAAUGCCAUGACUAAUCGCCCUUUUCCUGUUAGAUCUUUAGAUCAUUAUCAUCAACUGGUAUUUACCUUCUAUCUACAUAUAACAUCUUGGAUUGAUUCUUAUCAAUAGUUGAUAAUUAAUAAUCAUGAUACAAAAACAAUCGUUCUGCUACUAUUUUCCCUUUAUUUUUUUCUGCUUGUACACACAAAACGAAAUGUACAGAAAGUGAAAUAAACUUAGCCACAAUUAAUUGUUUCGCUCCAAAAACAAUAACUAUUCUUUGUGUGAAAUC